UCGUAAUUUGUCUGCAUUGAAGAUUUUUUAGCUUUUGAGUGUUUCCUUGGCAAGUGAAAUAACUUUUAUUGACUUUUUCUGAAUUACACCGGGAGAAAUAAAUGCUAUAAUUAUGUUAUUGUGCAAUGGACAACUUCCAACGUAGUGGUGCAAUGUGCAACUGCAAGCUAUCGUGUUAUAACUUGAGAUUUAUCGAUCAUCUUCACAGAUAUGGAUAUCUGUGAUCAUCUUCCUUGCUAUGAACAGAAAAAGUCUUAAGAAUUAUUAUUUUGAACGAAAAUAUACCUCAACUCACAGUUUAACUGGCGUUUAGUCACGAUGUGUUAAGAACUUAGACAGCCAUGUCAGAAGACAAUGGUCCUGACUGCGCCGAAAGUGUUAAAAAUGAUGACGAUGUACCGAACGAUGAGAGCUGUGAUGUGACAGUUAACGAGAGUGUUGAAUUAACUACUACUGACCGCGAAGAACCAAGUGCCAACGCCGACCAACCAGAAAGUGCCAUAAAUACUGUAAACAAAGAAAGUAUAAACAGUGGGAUAGAUGAGAAAGAUACUGUGUACGAAGACAAUGAGAGCAGUAAGGCGACGAUCUCGUGGACGGUGGAUGAGACGGUGUUCACCGUCGAGUGGAGCCUGCCUGAGGGAUCGGCGACUGCAAGGGAUUACAUCGCACUAUGUCUCGCAGAAUCGGCGAGUAUCGCUGGCAUCGUCGAGCGCGUGCCGGCGACCGGAUGCGCCAGCGGCGACAUAAUGUGGCUUCUUGAUGAGCCUAAUCAACCUUAUGAAGAUUGUGAGCAACUCCUUUGCUUUCGUUACUACAAUGGCGAAGGUGAAGAGUGCGUCGCGGAAUCUCCAACGCUGCCGUCGCGGUUUAAAGUCGACCUUAAGAAAUUGCCCUCAAGGCUCAAGGAGGGCAUGUCGAGGAAGAGGAGCGGCGACCACGUCUCGCCCUUCUCUUACAACAACGAGAGUUUUGAAAUGAACUCCGAAAACCCGCCUAGAGUAGAAUUCGUCCCCGCGAGCUCCAGCCAAGACAUCAAACAUCUCAGCGACAACGUAGACAAAUGCUCAAUUAGUGCUUUAGAAAGUAACGGGAACCAUUUGAAUCUCGAACAAACAAAAUGUGAUGCUAGUAAAUCUCUAGUUAGUAAUUUAGAAUCUCAAUCUGUAAAUAGUGAAUCUCAGAGUGCUAUGGACUGUAGGCCCACGUCCUCAGGUGUAAAAAAGAAAUGUCCUCCUCCCGUCGAUACUGGCGGUGGUCACACAUUGAAUGGCGUCAAAAAGAAAACAAAAGUGAACUCCGGGUUUGAAUCACCGACGUCGCCAGGUACGGAAUAUUAUAAAAUAUGGUCUCCAAAGAACCCCUGCAAGAUAAUGAAGUUCGUAUAUGAUGUAGAAGGUGCGAAUGUGCCGAGUGAUGCGGAAAAAUCGCCGGUGCCGCCGCUACCGCCGAGACAAUCGCACAAACCGCUCGAGAGAAUGCAUGCAUUGUCUCCGCCGCAGGUACCGAGACAUCGAAAGCCAAAAAAACUGUCAAAGCCCGAAGACACAUUCACUUUUGAAUUAAUUGAUAUAGAUGAGCAGUUCUUUACUGAUAACAAUAUCACUAAUUCGGCAACGUUACAAGGCGAGAUAAAUGAUUUUAAACCUGGCGAAUUUUACUCUGGUAAUCAAAUAGCUAUGUCUUCGACGGCUAGUUUUUGGCGAGGAGGUCAAAAUGUAGCACCAUUAGCAACUCCCGAAACAGAUGGCAGCUUAUGUGAAUCCACUGUUUCUUCUAUGAAAAUAUCUAGGUUAGCUGAAGAAAAGAAAAUGAAAAACGUACCUGAAGGUUGCCCUAGCGUUAGUAAUAAGAAAAACAUUAUGUUUAUUAAAGAUAUAGGACCUGACAACUACAUAACGACAACAUUCGCAAGAAAAGACAAACCCAGUCCCCCCACAGAUACUGUAGACGGGGUCAAUCUUACACCUAAUCGUGCCAAAUCUGAAGAGAAGGCUCAAAAUACAUUUUUGAACGACAUAAGUAAUCAUUCUGAGUUUGAGGAUGAUAAUAGGAAUCAAAUUGAAGAAAAAGAACUAACCGUCAAAGGGCAUAAACCUCUUACGCGGCAAAGUUCUGUCAGAGCCAACACACCUACAAUGAUGACGGCUUUUUUAAACUCUUCGCAUAUAGAUGCGCCAAAUAGAGAGACUGAUAACAAUAGCUCCAACGCUCCGAGUUCUUGUAACUCAUCGCAUUCCACUUCUCCAGUUGAUGACGGGAGCAGAAUGUUUCCCAGCGUUGGGACUAUGUUAAUGAAUAGAAAAUACUCAUGUGAAAGUUCAACCCCGAAGCAUUCAAGUUUACCUCGACACUUGUUGAAAAAUCUUGGUUGCGAAGGUACACCAAAGCACUCCUCUAAUAACGCUUCAAGAAGCAACGUCGAGAGUCCUGUUCGGCCACACCCGAGGGUGUUGACAAGGGUGGCCGCGUUAGCCGGGGCGGCCGUGCCUCAGUGUCCGCCCACCCCCACUCACCACGCGAGGAGACCCAGGCCCAUGCCACCCCCCGAUUUACAUCCUCCCCCUAUUCAAAACUGUGAAGGCAGACUACACGAAAACUUCGAAAUGGUGGAAUUCACAAAUGAGCUAAGAACGUCGGAGAUAAGAUCUCCAAAUCUAGAGUUUGUGAAUAGUAAUCACUUUACAAUCGUUCACGCUGGCCCUCCCGACGACGUCGUGUUCAGGAGGCCGAGACCAAUAGAGGACAAUGAUAACAACGACAAUGCUGUAGCUUCGCCGACGCCUUUGAGGCAUAUGGCUGGCAUCAGAUUGCCUUCGAUACCGGAGAGGGCUUCGAGACAAAUGGCUUUGACUGGCGAUUUCCCUGCCAAUAUGAUUGGGGGGAUUAUCGAAUGUGAAGAGCCGUUACCUGCAGGUUGGGAAGCUCGGAUGGACAGUCACGGGCGCGUGUUCUACAUAGACCACAUCAACAGGACCACGACGUGGCAGAGGCCGGGCGUCAACGGAACAGCUGCCAGGUCACCAGCGCCCGAGGUGCAGAGGAGACAGCUGGAUAGAAGAUACCAAUCCAUCCGCCGCACGAUGACGCGGACACAGCUCUCCGAGGAGGAGGCACCGCCUGCGCCCGCGCCGCCCGCCGCCGGCACGUCACGCGCCUCGGAACCCCACGCCCCCCACCCCGCUGCAGAAUUUCUAGCGCGACCAGACUUCUACUCCAUACUGCAUAUGAACCAAGAAGCGUCAUCCCUCUACAACUGCAACUCUACCCUCAAGCACAUGAUCUCCAAGAUCCGCCGGGACACAGCAUCCUUCGAGCGUUAUCAACACAACCGGGACUUGGUGGCGUUGGUCAAUAUGUUCAGCGAGUCGGAUCGAGACCUGCCACUUGGGUGGGACACUAAACUGGAUAGGAAUGGCAAGCGUUUCUUCGUGGACCACGUGAUGCGGCGGACGACGUUCAUCGACCCGCGACUGCCGCGCGCGCCGCAAGCCGGGCCUUUCUCGCCGCUGCUGCCUCAGCGGCGGAGGCACGUUGUUGACCAGGCGCCGACGCCGCCGCCGCGGCCGCCCGUCGCGGCGGGCGACGCGCCGCUCACCGCCCACCAGGAGAUACCCGUGGCUUAUAAUGACAAGGUGGUGGCGUUCCUCCGGCAGGCGAACAUCAUGUCGAUCCUGCGCGAGCGCUGCGGCUGCGGCGGCGCGCUGCGCGAGAAGGUCAGCGCCGUGCGCGUGGAGGGCGCGCCCGCGCUCGCGCGCUACCAGCACGACGUGCAGCUCACGUGCAUGCUCAGCCUGUUCGAGCAGGAGAUAAUGAGCUACGUGCCCGCGGGCGGGUGCGGCGCGGCGGGCGGGGCCAGCCCCUCCCCCGCCGCCUCGCCCGCCGCCGCGCGCACCACGCGUGCGCCCGCGCCGCAGCGCCGCGACUUCGAGGCCAAGCUGCGCGCCUUCUACCGCAAGCUGGAGAGCAAGGGCUACGGGCAGGGGCCGGGCAAGCUGAAACUCCACAUCCGUCGCGAGCAUCUAUUAGAAGACGCGUUCAGGCGCAUCAUGUCGUGCGGCAAGAAAGAACUCCAGAAGGGCAAACUCUGCGUGCUCUGGGACGGAGAAGAAGGCCUGGACUACGGAGGCCCGAGCAGAGAGUUCUUCUUCCUACUCUCGAGGGAGCUGUUCAACCCGUAUUACGGACUCUUCGAGUAUUCUGCGAACGAUACAUAUACGGUCCACGUUUCACCGAUGUCGGCUUUCGUGGACAACCAUCAUGAGUGGUUCCGUUUCUCUGGUCGUGUGCUAGGCUUGGCGCUGGUACAUGGAUUUCUGCUGGAGGCGUGGUUCACUCGUGCCUUGUAUCGGGCGCUGCUGCGGCUACCACCAGCUUUAGAAGACGUCGACGCCUUGGACGCGCAAUUCGCGGCCUCGCUGCGGUGGUUACAGUCAGCGCGCUGCGUGUCCUCUCUGGAACUAACGUUCGCGGUAUCAGAACGGCUGGCCGACGGCCGCGUGCUAGAGAGAGAGCUGAAGCCAGGAGGCCGCGACGUGGCCGUCACCGAGCGGAACAAGAAGGAAUACCUCGAGAGGGUGGUCCGGUGGCGCGUGGAGAGAGGCGUGGCCGAGCAGACGGAGUGGCUGGUCAGAGGGUUCCAUGAGGUGGUGGACCCGCGCCUGGUGGGAGCAUUCGACGCGCGUGAAUUGGAGCUGGUGAUCGCGGGCGCGCCCGAGCUCGACGUGGCGGACUGGCGAAGCAACACCGAGUACCGCGGCGGGUAUCACGACGCCCAUCCUGUUAUACUGUGGUUCUGGCAGGCUAUAGACAGGUUCACCAACGAGCAACGCCUGCGACUGGUCCAGUUCGUGACCGGCACAUCUUCCAUCCCUUACGAGGGCUUCUCGGCCCUGCGAGGGUCCACGGGCCCGCGCCGCUUUUGUAUCGAACGCUGGGGCCGCGUGGAGUCGCUGCCUCGGGCCCACACCUGCUUCAACCGACUCGACCUGCCGCCUUAUCCCACGCCGCAUCUGUUAUACGAAAAGCUACUGCUGGCUGUUGAGGAAACUAACACCUUCGGGAUAGAGUAGACGGUCCAUUUUUGCAGCUUGGAAGCCGUGGAUAUUUUUUUAAACCGUCUGUUUUAUAAGCUGCCAGGUUUAAACUAAUACCAUGAUAAAGUAAAACGACUAGCUGGCCGUAGGUACGCUCAUAUGCAGCCAUUACGUGUAUAUCAUAAUGUCCAUAGGCUUUAUCAAACAGAACGCGUUCCUAGCGCACGUCGAAGCGCUAUGGCGCGAAGAACAGCUCUGGCGUAUUUUACUCUUACUUUAGUAACUUCCGGAUCAACUUCGAAAUGUCAAUAGAUAAUGUUAGUAACGUAAUGUCAAGGUCACUAGUUUUUGGGUAAAAUUAACGUCCAGUAGAAAACAUGUCGUAUUGACGUUUUACAGUUAAUAAAUACUAUACUACGUUUGUUAAAAAAAAUGUCAAUCCCAGGGAAGUGUAUGUUAAUUAUGAAUAAGGAUGAACUCAAACAAACACCCAAAUUAUUAAAAAUGUUAAACGAGCACUUGGCAUGCCUGACGAGAUAUUCUGGGACAAAACAUCUUAUUUAGGGUAGUCAUAAGCGACAUUUGAUAGCUGCGGUCAUGCCAGAUAGGUCAGUAACUUGCAAAGAUUGAUUUAGUUCCACUAUCAAGUAAAGCUUAAAAAUUGAUAUUUAUUGCUUCACUAUUGAAUAGUGUUUAUGACCAUUGUAAUUGUAAGGGAAAUGUCCGAAAAAAACUACUUUUUGUAAAUAUCGCUACUUUCCGCUUAUAUCCUAAUUAGCGGAUCAUGGAUUUAAGAGCAAUUAUUUAUUUUAUUAUAUUCGAUGCGUAAUUUAGCUACUCGAAUUGUAAUACAUGAAUUAACAAAACACUAAGAAGUCGAGUUAUCGCCCGCAGCACCGCUGAUGUACUAAAAUGCAUAGUUGUAAAUAAUUGUGACUAUUUAUAGUGUCAAUGUAAAUAAUAGUCAAUUGAUAGUGUAGCCGACGACCAAACAAAGCCAAUGUUCUCGAUACGAAACGGCGUCGACGCAACAUGCCUUCGCCUUACGUAUACUUAAACGAGCCACUCCUAACAUUAAAUCACAAUCUGUUUGUACUUUAAUUAACGCUUUUAUUGUAAGUGAAGUAUAUUGUGGCUGUGAAUCGGGAUUCGAGUCCCAUUAUUUAGAUAUUACGCUUUACGUCACUAAUUUAUAGUUAUUGUACCUAUGUAACCUUUCAUGUACCCUAGAUAUUAAUAGUAUUUAUAUCAAGUUGCAAGGACUAGUGUUACUUCACUUGAACUUAAUAAAAUCAAAUUGUAAAUGUUUAUUAAUUUAAUUAAAGAAUGUUAUGAAAAUAUUCCCAAUUACAAUCAGAACUAGUCAGCUACUUUUAACCAUACUUUUAUUGCUAUAGUAAAACACUUUCCAAAUAUAUUCUCAACAUUUUCAUCAGAUACAUAAUAAUUCUGCUAUAAUCUAAGUUUGUACUAAUUUAGUUGAGUGUUCAAAUCCUAAUUUGGUCAAGCUACAUUAUGUUGAUGUUCCUUCAUAGCAAGAUUGUAUUGUAAAUAUAUUACUGGCUCAAAAUAUUACAUUUUGACUAUACACAUUGAAUCUAACAAACAAGGGUACUUUCUUUUUAGCACAAUCAACAGUCCCCGUCUCUCACAUUCAAUGUGCAAUCUGCCAA